UGCACUCGUGGGAAUCAAAUGAAUAGUUCAAUAGUAUAUGAGUCAGAUGCUGCUCCAGAUGCAUCACCCAACCAGAACCCUAAAGAACGCUCAGGUCCUGACUUUGUCAGGCUAAGGACUAAGCAAAGGAAGCUGCUGCGAAAGGCGCUCCGAGUAGGACUCACCAGAGAGAAGGCUUUAGUGAUAGCACAAGCUGUUCCCAUGGCUAAAGGACUCCUGCCUGCUCCUUAUGGCAUCCAGACCAGUAAACCCUACCCCUACUCUACUUUUCUUAAAUGUGUUAAACUCGGUUUUGUUUCGGAGUCGGAUGGAACACCCCUGACUACCGAGCAAAUGUCCAAGAUCAAGGAAGCCAUCAUCGACGUCGUCGUAGAGCAAGCCGGCAGCAAGAAGCCAAAGUUUGAAGAAUGUGUGGAUCGAAAAGGCUGGCUCCUUGUCAUUUGUUCCAACUCUUCCACUGCAACAUGGCUUAAACGAAAUUUCUGUCACAUUCAAAGCAAGUUAACUUUUAAACUAAAGUUAUUGGAGGAGUCAAACCUUCCGAGGAAAAAUGUGGUUUGCGGUUACUUUCCAGACAGCCUGUCCACAAGUAAUGAAAAGGUCCUAGAAAUCAUAGCUGCCCAGAAUGCAAUCUCCACUGCAGAAUGGAGGGUUAUGAACCGACUGACCCAAGGUGAUUAUCUACAACUAGUCCUGACAGUGGACAAUGAGUCACACCAGACACUGGUGAAGAUGAACGGCAUCAUAUCCUACCGAUUCGGGAGCUUAAAGUUGAGUAUAAAAAGCUCUUCGGUUAGAAAAUCAGUUUUAGAUGAAGAAGAGGAACCCUCGAAUGAAGCACCUCCAGAAGAGACACCCCAAGUGCAAGGGGAUGCUCAAAACACUGCUGUGACUGUAUUUCAAAAACCACCUAUUCAAAAUAAUGCCCGAAUGAACUUCAAUUAUGGUCAAUACUACUACCCAUGGAACCAGAAUGGAAAUGCGUGGAAUAAUUACAAUAAUCUUUGGUACCAAUGGCAUCAGUGGAAUCAACAGCAAAUGUACAGGUAUGAUCCUUCUUACCCCAGGGAUAAUUCAUGGAACUUUAGGCCUAAUGGAUUCUAUGGACCAAAUGCGUGUUAUCAAAGUGACAUGAGUGUUAGACCUCCACCUAUGCCUUGAAAGAACUUAAGGAUAAAUCAAAUUUAUUUUCAGGAAUUUUGUAGUUAAGGGUAAAACAGAGAACAGCAAAGUGACUCCGAGGAUAUGGCAACAUGAGGUAUUUAGAAUUUUUAGUGAGUAGACAUUCAUACAGGACUCUUCCCACUUCCACUUCCGAAAUGGACUCUUUUAACCUAUAACACAAGACUUUUGCUUACAGCAUCCGAUACAAUCCAAAACAGUAACACUGGUUACACUAAAAACAGAACAAGAACUCAGAAAGCAUGCGGUCUUAAGCUGAAGUUCCUUGGCUAAUGGUAAUAUAAUGUAAUUAUGGGAUGUGAUUCUAUGCAACAAGCCUCUCCUCAAAAUCUAGAAUUUGAUUAUAGAAAGACCAAAAUGAGAUGAUGAGGGGUAGGUCUGUGCCAUUGAAAUCUGGCUAAAAAGUAAGGGGUUUUAAUAAGUACGUGCCAUAAAGCUCUCCUGGGUAUUCGAAUAUCAACUUUUCCGUGCACGCUCCUUGCGCUAAUUAAAUCUAAUGCAACCUGUAAUAAAUUCGCUUGUCGCACUUUUCCGGCCGUGCGAAUCAACCCUUUUUUUCGCGAGUUCGCUUUGCAUAUUCUGGCGGCAAAUUGCCCUGCUGCCAUUCAGCCUUAUCAUCUACAGCAUCCUGAAUCCUGUACCUGCUGGAGUCACCCUUGUAGAUCCUCCGAUUCCCUCGCGAUUUGGCGAACAAAGCAAUUUGCUGGCAGCCACGCGAUUCAAUUUUCGCCAAAAUAUUCGGCAUAAUAGUAAAGUUUUAUGCGAAUUCCGCUGGCAGAACAUCCGUUUCCGCCUUGAAAAACCAAGGGUUAGCUCUGGGUCACCUCCUUCCAACCAUCUAGCCAUCUAGCCAUCCAACCAUCCGCCACCCCUCACCUCACUUCAGAUUGACAAUCAGCAUGCGGUCUCAUAUCCGCUGGAAGAGCAAACAAAAGCAGGGAAAACUUUCACUUAUGCGAUAUUGCGAAACUAUUGGGCUGCGCAACCCGUUGACACAAAUCGCACUAAAUCAAAAAUUAUACUUUGGCCAAAUAAAACGAAAGGAUGCCUCGCAGGAAGUCUCUACACCCUGUGGCCAUAAAUCUCAUCUAGUCAAAUAUUGAAUUACGCCGGAUGAGGAAAGGGUUCGCUGGCGACUUGCAGAUCCAAUUUAGUGGGUCAGAAGGAUAUGGCACAUCCCCUUGCCAUAGCCACCACACCAUAUAGUGUGUGACAUUUUCCCGGCCAUUCCCGCUUUGUUCUGUUUAUUUAAUAAAAAUUUGAAGUUAUGAGUGCUCAAAGGGUCGUUUAUGCGUCGAUAAUGAAUAGUUAUGGCCGUUCGAGGGGUCUGAUCCGUAAUGCUUUGUUUGGGUCGCUUAUAAUGCAAUUUAUGCAUGUUUAUGUUCGAGUAGUUAUGGGCUGCUUGGGGUGACACAAUGGGUUAAGAGCUCGCCAUUCUUUAUAUUCCAUUUUAUUGACAAAAACACGCCCGUUGCCAAUGAAAAACAAAACAUACUUAGGUGAGUGAAACAUACAAUUUUAAAACUACAUAUUUAACUAAUUUCAGGCGCUUAGAAAAUACCUCCAAAUCUCAGAACAACACCUACAAAAUAAUCUGUAAUAUCGGGAAAUAUUUUCAGUUUGCCUGCUUUACCACAAAAACCAUCUAGAAUAAACAUAUUUAUACAAAAACAA